UUUUAAAAUCUUAGUACCAUUGUUGGUAAGCUAAGAGCAAGAAGUAAAUUCUGGAGUUACUGACGCUUCCGUGGACUGAAUUCUCUCUUCUUUAACGAUUAUAAUAAUUGAGUCAUGGCCCCUCCACCUGAACCUCGGAGUAAUCAACGUAUUAAGUUUGAUCAGUUAUUUAUAAACAACGAAUUCGUCAAUUCAGUCAGUGGAGAGACGUACACUAGUGUCAAUCCAUCAACCGAAAAAUUAUUAGCAGUCUUACAACAAGCUAAUGAAGUUGAUGUAGAUAAAGCCGUGAAGGUCGCAAGGGAUGCAUUUGAGGUAGGAUCACCAUGGAGGAGUCUAACCGAUUCAGCUCGUGGUUUACUUCUAAAUAAGCUCGCCGAUUUGAUCGAGGAAAAUGUGAAUGAAAUUGCAAAUUUAGAAUCGUUAGAUAAUGGAAAACCUUUCAUUCAAUCCUAUGGACAAACAUUAGAGGCGAUAAAAUUCGUGCGCUACUUUGCUGGAUGCACUGAUAAAAUUCAUGGAAAAACCAUUUCAUCCGAUGGUGGGGUACUAGUCUAUACUACAAAAGAACCGGUUGGAGUAGUUGGAAUCAUAAUACCGUGGAAUUAUCCAAUAGUUCUUCUCAGUUUUAAACUCUCUAUGGCAUUAGCGGCCGGUUGCACGGUUGUGGUCAAACCUGCUGAGCAAACAACAUUAAAUGCACUCUUCUUGGGGCAUUUAAUAAAAGAAGCGGGCUUUCCGCCCGGUGUGGUCAAUAUCCUUUCAUGUUCUGGCCCUGCAGUGGGAAUCGCACUUACACAUCACAAAGACGUUGACAAGAUUUCUUUCACUGGAUCAACAAUGGUGGGCAAACUUGUGCUAGAAGCAGCAGCAAAAAGCAAUUUAAAAAAGGUCACUUUGGAAUUGGGAGGAAAAAGUCCUGCGGUCGUGUUUAAUGACGCCGAUUUGGAUCUAGCGCUUAAAUACAUUUCUCAGUCCGUUUUUGUAACGGCUGGCCAAACUUGCUUUGCCCCGACUCGUCUCUAUGUACAAUCUGGAAUUUAUGACAAAUUUGUCCAGAAAUUUAUCGAAAUUGCUUCAAAAAUAAAAGUUGGUGGACCAUUUGAGGCUGAUGUAUUUCAAGGUCCGCAGAUUGAUUCGGUAUUUUUGGAAAGAGUUUUAUCAUAUAUUGAAAUUGGUAAAAAGGAGGGAGCGAAAUGCGUAUUAGGGGGUAAGCGACACGGUAGUGUUGGCUACUUUAUAGAGCCUACGGUAUUUACGGAAGUUACCGAUGAUAUGACAAUCACUAAAGACGAAAUAUUUGGUCCAGUAGAAAUUAUUUUUAAAUUCGAUACAUUGGACGAAGUUAUACGCCGAGCCAAUAAUAAUAAAUACGGCCUGGCAGCCGGUGUCUUUACCGAAAAUUUGAAUACCGCAGUACAAUUUUCAAAAGCUAUUCAAGCCGGCACCGUUUGGGUGAACCAAUGGGCAAACCUUUCUCCCCAAACGCCUUUCAGCGGUCAUAAAAUGUCUGGUAUGGGUACCGAAUUAGGAAUAGAUUCGCUCGACGGGCUAAUGAACACAAAGGUUACAAACAUUCGCUUGUCCAGUGACGAGUAAUCGUAAUUUAUGCAUUGACCGACGUUUGCCAACGAUUAAAAUACUUAAAUACCUUUGUUAUUUUCGAACUG